AUGAAGAAACAUUUCGAUGAUAGAAUUGAGCAGAUUACUCGCCUCGUUGUCUCAAAGAAAAGCCUGUCUUAUUGUAAUGAUUCAAGUUGGGAAAAGCAUAGAAGCGCGCAAAUCGCUAUUCGAAUCAACGGGAAUUCGGCGGAAAUCGUUGUUGAUGAGAAAUGGACAUCUCGGGAUAUCGAAUGCGUUGUGGGAUUGAUGGGAGUAUUCCGGAAAACCCUUCACAAUGUCAUCAUCGAUGCACCGAUUGCUGAACUGUUAAUCGUCUCAUUAUCUCCAUUGGAUUUGCAACGAUGGUACGCUUUCCAAUGCUAUAUGAAAGUGCACAAUGUAUUUGAUGAUGUAGAAGACGAGGAACAGCAUGUAAUCGUGGCGGGUACAUCAGCGAAUCCCACUGAAGUCUAUUGGCCUAAUGUUGAAUCGUUGACGGUGAAAACCACUCGACAACAGAGUCCACAUUUGGCUAGAAUCCUCGACUACGGUGUUGUGGUGAAUCAUGUGCUGAAUCGGAGGCAACUCUCACAUAUUAAAGUCAUUUACACAGAUGUGCAACAAAAUUUCAAAGCACUUGCCCGAAACGUGUUUCCAUUUCGUUGUUGGGCCGGUUCGGCUGGUUUUGAUCAUCGUUUCGAUCAAGAAUUUGCUGGGAAAACAUUAAAGAGUUUA